UGUUACCUCAACACAAGUACACGUAUUCUUCAGCACGUUCUACUUUUCCAUACACUUAGGCGUGUUUUUCGGAAUGAUUACUUCGCCAAUCAUCAAUAAAAUUCUGUUGUACAGUGGCCACAAUGUCAACGAAUAUGUUAUCAGAUUUGGAAUGGUGGUUAUCACAAUGGCAAUCUCAAUAAGCGUAUUUGUUUGUGGAACCCCAAGCUACUUAUUCAGAAAAUCGUUACCUAAUAUUCUACCAAAAAUGAUAAAAUGUAUUUUGUUCUCUCUGUGGAAACAAUUAACAUCACCCUGUAAGGAGACAAAAAAUGAACAUUGGUUAGGAAUGGCAAAAAAUUCUUUUCCAAACGAUAUCAUAAAUGACACGAAGAAAACGUUACACAUGCUCUGUCUUUACAUACCUUUGUCAAUAUUUUGGAGUUUAUUCGAUCAACAACACACAACUUGGAUUUUUCAAGCAUCGCGGACAAGCGACCAUUUGUUUGGUCUACCAUUUUCAGUGUACAUGCUACAAGUGAUAAAUCCCUUGCUCGUGCUAUUCACUAUUCCAUUUAUGGACCGCAUUGUUUACCCUUAUUUGAAGAGUCAUAAACUGUUUAAGUAUCCUCUAAAACGAAUGUUGCUUGGUGGUAGUAUAGCUGGUAUAGCGUUUAUUUUUGCAGGAUGCCUCGAAAUGUGUUUAGAGGAAAAUAUUCAAGAUGGAAUUAAUAUACAUAAUACAAAUGCAUACUAUGACGCAUACACAAAAUCGUGUUUGGCGAACGUAUGGACAUCGAAUUUAGGCUUUCAACAAUUUAACGAAACCGGAUAUUUUAUAUUAGAUAAUAUUAGAACACGAGAAUGUAUAAAUGAAAAGUCUAUAAGAAUUCGAAUACCAAAAAGAAAAAGGCAAAAAUGUAUAAAAAACAAAAAUAUAUUUAAAAAAUCAAUUAUAUUAGUAAUGGAAAAUAGUUUAUUUAAAGAGAAUAACACUUUAUUAAACCCACCUUCAGUAGUGCUUGUGCCGGAAAAUGUAUACAUGACUUCAAAAAAAAAUCAUUCGUAUUUAAUACAUUUAAUUGUUCCAUUAAAUGAAGACAGCAGAAUAUGGCUACACAUCAAAAAACUAACACUUGAGUCCAUGUCUAAUAAUAAGAUAACGAUUUUCGAAGAAGCACGAUAUCCCGUCUCUCAAUUUCAAAAUAAUACAGUUUUAAAAAUUCCUGCUGGUUUGUAUACGCUGACGAUACAUUAUAUGGAUAAAAAACAGCAGCCGAUAUCAAGGAAUGUCUUGAAUCUUGAAACCAAUCGUAUUUACACAUAUAGAAAUGAACGUGAUUAUAAAAUUAAUUCUAAAUUACAAUCAAAUGCAGUUGUACAGACCCGCGUUUUAAGUAAAGAGUGGUUAUUACCUCAAUUCAUUUGCAUGGCAUUCGGCGAGACAUUGUUUACCAUGACUGGAUUAUCAUUUUCUUUCUCAGAAACUCCCGAAUCGAUGAAAACCGUGUCAAUAUCUAUGUGGUAUUUUUGCGUGGCUCUCGGGAAUUUGAUUGUAAUUUUCAUCAACAAGUUUGUAGCGUUUGAAAAGAAAUCCAACAUGUUCUUCAUGUUCGCUUUCAUUGCGCUUUUAACGAUAAUCGCCACCUGCAAAUGGAGUAACAAGUAUGAAAAAUUAUAUCACGAAAAUAAAACGGACACGGAAAAUGAGAGCGAUAGUGAUAACGUCAAUUUAGUAAUGUUAUUAAAAAAGGAGAGUUAUCAACUAUCGUUUUGAAAACGAAGAGAUUAUAUUAAUUAUCAGCAAACAAUAUAUUGAACCUAAAAUGUUAUAAAAUCAAAUUCCUCGAAAACGGCGAUAACAAUGAAAAGAUCUUAAAUGCAUUUAAAUAUUUUUAUUUAACUAUUAUCUAUUGAAAAAUGUGUGAAUUGUUUGUUUAUAUAAUGUUAUAUAAUAUUUAAAAUAUUGUACAUUUUUA